AUGUCGCUGCUCAACCUGCUUCCGCAUCGUAUUUCCCAGCGACUGACUGCACUCUACUUCACCGUAUCAAGCUUCAGCCUGCAACGCCGACCACGGUCUACACAGACGAACACUAUGGCGAGCAUGACGGUGACAAAGAUCCCAGCCCUGAAAGAUAACUUCAUGUACCUGGUGAUGUGCAAUGCGACGCGGCAAGCGGCUGUCGUCGAUCCGGUCGAACCCGAUCGUGUGCUGGAGGUCGUGCAGGAGCAAAACUGUAAGCUGAACAAGCUGCUAACGACACACCAUCACUGGGACCAUGCUGGUGGUAACGACGGUCUGUACCAGCGCUUCCGCCAGAACACGGAUUGGGGUGAGCUGUCCGUGUAUGGUGGGGACGAUGACAGGAUCACACGAUUGACGCAUCCGGUCCAGCAGGACGACACGUUUGAGAUAGGAAAUCUACGGGUGCGUUGCCUUUCCACACCGUGUCAUACAAAAUCGCACAUCUGCUACUUCGUAGAAGGUGAGCAGGAGCGGGCUGUUUUUACCGGCGAUACACUUUUCCUCGCCGGCUGUGGUCGUUUCUUCGAGGGAACACCGAUUCAAAUGUACGAUGCAUUGAUCGGUAAGCUGUCCCAGCUGCCGGACGAUACGAAAGUGUACUGUGGGCACGAGUAUGCUCUGCAGAACCUGCGCUUUGCCCACACGAUCGAACCCGACAACGAGGACAUUCGGGAGAUGCUGGAACGGGCACAGGCCGCUGAUCUGGAAGGACGGCAGGCACUCGUCCCGUCCACCAUCGGGUUGGAGAAACGGAUCAACGUAUUUAUGCGCGUGCGGGAACCAUUCUAUACAACGAUGUUUGCUACUAGCGAUCCGGUGAAGGUAAUGGAACAGCUCCGAUCAGCUAAAGACAAAUUUUAA